GCUCUAGUCGCUCUCCACUAUACGCAGUAUACUCGGCCGGGGGAAAAUUCCUGGUAAGAAGGGAAAAGCCUGAAAUGCUAACUAAGAAGUUUGAGCUGCUGUUGAUGUUUUCGCAGGCAUAUUUCCCAUGCCUUUUAUUCUCUUCAAAACAGCCAGCAUAGCUGUAGCUGGUCGGCCUCCAAAGUUCAAGAGCUUUACGGCAAUAACUUUAAAUAGAAGAGACCCAUCUUGCGCCCAAAUGGAAUUUGGUGCGGCCAAAACCACAACGACGGGGUGGAAAACAAGAAACGGGCAUCAUUAAAAUACUGUUACCGGCCUCUGGUCUCUGGACUUUGGACUCUGGACUUUGGACUCUGGACUUUGGGCAAUGCCAGUGCUCGACCCCGAAAACUCUUCUGUGUCGACAGAGGGCAACCGCAACCAAGAUUGUUCAGGCAUAUACCCUUUUUUAAUUUGCAACAUGUCAUUGGCAGAAAGACAAGUAAAAGGGACGCAGUAGCGGGGCAAAAUGCGGGGGGAGGGGGCUCCGCACCGCCCUGCCACGCCCCCGUCAGCUCACGCUUUGUUGCGCCUUUUGUAGCCGGGCCUUCUCUUGGUUUUUCCCCACGCUCCUUUUUUGCGCUUUGGCCAAAUAACCCAAGCAAAAACAGAAUUAGCAGCAACGCCGACGACAGCGAUGGGAAAAACAGAAGAUGAAGCGCAGGCAAAACAGGACACGGCCGAAAUUCACAGCGAGGGGAGGCCUAAAAGUUGUAGAACAAGCUUCAAAAUUCUACAAGCGAAUCGAAAAUUAAGCCAAACAAAUCUGUUAAAAAGUAAAUGUUAAAAGACCCAUUUUUAAUAACU